GCCGACCGUACACGUUGUCUGGCUCGUGCUCACCGCGCGUCACUCCGCUGCGAACUUAAACACGAUAGCGUCCGAAUAUCCUACCUUGAAUUCAAACUUUAACGAAUUAUUUACCGAUCGUAUCUUAGAUUUAACAAUUAAUUUUCACGUUCUAAAACAUAAAAAGCAACCUGUUGUCCACUUUAAUCAUAAUAACGUGUGACCGGGGAGACAACCUGACCGCCGGAAUUCGUCGCACCGAUGAUGAGGUCCGUCCCUGGGGUCCACGCAGCGUGCUAGCCAUGGGAACCCUCAUCAAAUUCCCUCUUACGAUCCGCUUCGAUAUAUUGAUCUCAUGAGACCGGCAUAGAUGAAGAUGAUACUGAAAAUAGGAGGAAAGCUGCCCUCGGGCGUGAGGCUCGCGGAAAAAGAGAAGAAAGAGACGAGCAAGGAGAAGAAAGAAGUACGACGGGAGAGCAAAAAGGCCGCAGAGCGAUGCGAGGAUCGCUGCCCGGCGGACCCGUGGGCGUACUGUGCGGUGCUGUGGUGUGCGUGCGCCAUGAGCCUGGUGUCCAGCGGGUACAGCCUGUACCGGCAGCAGGGGCUGCAGGACCGGCUGUCACUGCUGGAGGAGCAGCACGCCGCGCUGCGCAGCGCCGUGCUGGAGCCCCUGCAGCCCGCAGCCCGACUGCGGCGCGACUUACGCACCCCGCGGCCGCACCGCCAGCGCAGCAUCAGCGACUACGGCCAUUGCGGAUGUCCACCAGGUCCCCCCGGCCCGCCCGGCUCCCCGGGCAAGCGUGGCAAAAAGGGCAAGAAAGGCGACCCCGGCGACCCUGGGCCCCCGGGUUUAAUGGGUGCACCGGGGAAGAAUGGAUUUCCGGGGAGCAAAGGGGAGAAAGGCGAGCGAGGCUUUAUGGGACCGAUCGGACUGGACGGGCCGAAAGGUGACCCGGGCCGGCCAGGGGACAAAGGGCAGAAGGGCGAGCUGGGCAGCCCAGGGUUCGAUGUAUUCGCUGCGGUGAAGGGGGUGAAAAGAUCCGUCGACAACUAUAAGAUGAGUCCGUAUACGACGGCGGAGAUCAUUGCCGUGAAGGGCGAGCCCGGGGAGCCGGGGCCGCCAGGACCGCCGGGCGCGAUGGGUUCGAGCGGCGUGGCGGGCGCGGAGGGCCGCGCGGGCGCACCGGGCGCGCCUGGUCCGCCCGGCCCCGUUGGUGCACAAGGAGAACCCGGACCACAGGGACCUCCCGGCCCGCAAGGCCCUCUGGGACACAAGGGAGACAAAGGCGACAAAGGCGAGCGCGGCUACACAACGACACUGAAAGGCGAUGCGUUUCCCACCGGCAUCAUUGAGGGACCCCCCGGGCCCCCUGGACCCCCGGGUGCUCCUGGCGCGGAGGGCGCGGCGGGCGCAGAGGGGCCGCGCGGCCCGCCCGGCGCCGAUGGCCGCCCGGGCGCUACCGGCCUACCCGGCCCACCCGGCAAGCCGGGUGAAAUGGGACCGAAGGGCGUAAAAGGAGACUACGGCGAUAUGGGCUCGCCGGGUAUGCUGGGCGCGCCGGGUCUGCCCGGCCCGCCCGGCUACCCCGGCCUCAAAGGAGACAAGGGCGACAAAGGCGACUCGAAGUACAGGAAGCUGAGAAGAAGGCAGAAUUUGCAGGGCGACGGCACCGGCUACGAGCUGUACGGACAUGAAAUGAUGAUGGGCCCGCCGGGCGCGCCGGGAGUGCCGGGCGUCCCAGGCGUCGCGGGGCCGCCCGGCAUCAAGGGCGACAAGGGCGAGCCGGGAGCGCGCGGCAAGGCGGGCGAACGAGGUGAAAAGGGAGAUGCAGGGCCGAUGGGAUUACCGGGUCCCGUGGGGCUGCCGGGCGAGGCGGGCGCGCCGGGGGAGCCGGGCCCCGCCGGCGCCGCGGGCCCCCGGGGCCCGCCCGGACUCGACGGCAUGAAGGGGGCGCAGGGCGAGCCGGGUGGCAAGGGCGAGCGCGGCGACCCCGGUCUACCCGGCACGGACGGCAUUCCCGGGCAGGAGGGCCCGAAAGGCGAUAAGGGCUAUAAGGGAGAACCGGGCCCGGGCGGCAAGCGCGGCCGCAAAGGCGACAAGGGCGACCGCGGCGAGCAGGGCGUGCCCGGCCUCGACGCGCCCUGCCCUCUCGGUCCCGACGGUCUGCCGCUGCCGGGCUGCGGCUGGCGCCCCGCCAAGGAAGCUAUGCUGCAGUGGGUGCGGCGCCGGCUGCAGCUCCCUGACGACAACGACGUGCGCUCGUAAGGCGCCGCACGGAGAGCGCGCCCCGCCGCCUUACCGCCUGACAACAUCAUCUGAUAAUAAUGCGCAUCUUUGUUUGACUCUUUUAUUGAUAUUUGUAAUAUUUGAUAAAUGUAAAAAAAAUGAUCAAACAAAUGACACAAAAAUGACACCGAUGGAUCGAUUCGAUUUGGGUUGCGGGAGAGGUGGACUGCGCAGCGCGCGGCUCACUUUGACCUGACAAAGAGAUUGAGUGGAUAUUAAUUUAACUAUAUAUAAGACUCGGUCACAACAUGCACUCAUUUUAUUAUUCGAACAAACACUAAAAAUUUGCAAAGCAACAAGCAAACGUCACUUAUGAGCUUAGCACUUAAAGUAAUUGUCAAGAAAAGUUACACUAAUUCGAAACGAUACAAAGUUUUGUGAGGUUUCUUGUUGAUCUUCCAUACAUUAUAGCUAUAACAGUUCAAAACUCUAACACCUACGCGCCUUGAAACAAUAAAAUUCGACAAAUGUUACAUGUGCAGGUAAACCACUGGAUUUUCUUGAGAGAUAUCUUUAUCUGAGUGGAUCACCGCGGGCGAAGGCGACUGUUCAAUGCUAUCAAACAUUCAUACAUCGCAGGCUCGUGUCAACUUCUUAAUGAUACAAGUCAAAACAGCAGAUACAUAAAUAUCUUAUUAUUUAUAUAACACACAUAAUUGAAUGUUUCUGUAAAAUAAUGUUAAUAUAUAAUAGAUUCAGUAUGAAUACGUUCACUCUCAUUAAAAAAAUCUUCGUACAAAUUAAUGACAACAGUAAGAGUUAUUAUACAAAUAGGUACAUAUUUAAUUGUAAAUAUAUAAAAAUAUAUUGUAUUUAAUUUUUUCUAAUUUUAAAAGAUAGGAUAAUAAUUAUUGUUAUGUCUUAAGUUAUGAGGUGUGCCAGGAUUGCGCCAAACGGAAAGUAGUUUAGUGCGCGCACACGAGGACUCUGUCAAGGUAACAAGCAAGGAUUUGCGCGUGGGGUAAACCCCCUAGUCUAGUUCCCGGCGUGACUUAUUAAAUUAUAUUCACUGUUACUCAUGUCCUUAUUUAUUAAGAAUGUAAAUAGUUUGG